CUCUCUCUCUCUAAAUCUAUAAAUACACAGUUUACCACUUGUUGGUGGAUCUCUCUCCACCACCUUAACAAACCAACCCAUCUCUCUCUCUCUGCUUUUCAACCGCAUCUAAAGAGCAAACGAAGAAGAAGAAGAAGAAGAAAGCCAAAGCCAAAGGAAUAUCCUCGGCGAUCCCAAUUCUCCAUAUAAAUACUCCACCAAAGGAAGCUCUCCUUCCUUCUUCUCAAACAGAAAAAUAACAGUUUCUGAUUAUGAAAGUGGACCACCACCACCAUCAGAACCAGCUCGUUGUUGGUGCCGACAUGUGCAGGACUACUACUAGCACUGUCGAGGUCAGAGAGUCUCCGCCGCCGGAGAAGCUUGUCUCCAUCGCCGCGGCCGCCGUCGCCGCCGCCACGGCCGAUGACGGUGAGGAUCUCUUCAUCCCUCCUCUCAACUUCGCCAUGGUGGAUAACGGCAUUUUCAGGUCCGGUUUUCCCGACUCCGCCAACUUCUCCUUCCUCCAAACUCUCGGCCUCCGCUCUAUCAUAUGUCUGUGUCCGGAGCCCUAUCCGGAGGCGAACAUGGAGUUUCUCAAGGCCAAUGGAAUUCGGCUUUUCCAAUUCGGUAUCGAAGGUUAUAAGGAGCCUUUUGUAAACAUUCCCGAAGAUACAAUUCGUGAAGCGCUAAAAGUUGUGUUAGACGUGAGGAAUCACCCUGUUUUGAUUCACUGCAAAAGAGGGAAGAUGGUUUGUUGCUCUGAUUGUCAGCAUCGAACUGGCUGUCUCGUCGGGUGCCUUCGUAAGUUGCAAAAAUGGUGCCUCACAUCUGUCUUCGAUGAAUACCAGCGCUUCGCAGCUGCCAAAGCUAGAGUUUCGGAUCAAAGAUUCAUGGAAAUGUUUGAUGUUUCAAGCUUGAAGCAUCUGCCGAUGUCGUUUUCAUGUUCGAAUAGGCAUAACAACCUGAGUUCCUGAAUGACUUUUGCUUUCUUUCCUUGGCGGAAGAGAAUCUAGAUCAGAGUUCGGAAUAAGUAGGAAAAGAUGAUGAUGAGUUCCUGCGAUGCAAUUCAGUGGCUGAGGAAUUAUUCUUCUUUUUCCCUUAGAAAAUUAAAAGGAAAAAAAAAAAAAAAAACCUAUAUCGUCGCACUUAUGUUUAGAAUUUUGCGUUCCCUUGAUCAUUGGAAGGCACUUCUUUCUUUGUAAACUCAAGGUUGGAGCCCUCUUUUGUUGAAGCUGCUCCUGCCAGUUAUUAAAUUGUAAGACCAGGCAGCUAAGAGAGGCUGUUUUCUACUUGUGAAUCUUAAUUGAGUAGUCAAGGGUAGAAAACUUAUAAAUAAACUCUCUCAUUCGAGAAGUAAUAUGACAUCUCUAAUGUCAUUAGUAAAUAGAUCUUUGCUGCAUUCAG